AUGUCAAAUCAUCUCUGUGCACGAUGCUCGGCCAUAAAAUGGUCAUCGAUAACCCAGAAAUCAGGCAAUGUCCAGCAAAUUAAUGGCUCCAAUGUCGCAGUCAAUGAGUCGCACGAACAGCUUCAGUCGUCUGCCUGUGAGAUUUGUCAGCUGUUUUCUCUACUGAAACCGCCGGCCUUAGACACUUCAACAUGCUCCUUACGGACAGAGCCUUUGAGUAAUUUUUUCACAAAUCGCGAAGCCUGCGAAAGCCCUUUAAGACCAGACACGAGCAUACUAUAUAUUGACUCGGAAAUGAAUAAACCACAGCCUGAUAGGCGAAGGCAUAUGGGCCACGUUAUAGCAGUUGAACCAUCACCCGAAGCAUCUCCUAUCCGUGAACUCCGGCCCUUCAACCACGAGACAAUCGAUUUUCAGCAGAUCUCAGACUGGAUCGAAUACUGUAACAAAAAUCACCUGCAGCGCUGCAAACCAGACAAAUUCAUUCUGCCGCCAAAGUUUAAAGUCAUCGACUGCGAGGAACCAAAAGUUAUAUCCGCGCCGGACGAUUGCGAAUAUGCUGCGUUGUCAUACGUCUGGGGCAAUAUAGAAAAUAAAUUUCCCCAAGUCGUCAAGGACAGCAUCAAGGUAGCUUCUAGGCUCGGCUGCAGAUAUUUAUGGGUUGAUCGACUUUGUAUUAAUCAAAACCCCGAAGACCCCAACAAGCAAGAACAGAUACAAAAGAUGGAUGCGAUAUACUCCCGAGCAAUUUUCACGAUUAUCGAUGCUGCUGGAACAGACUGCACUUCCGGUUUGGCCGGCAUAACUUUCCCUCGCACAUCCAUCCAAGUACAGCGAUGCGUACAAGUUGAUGGCGUAAAGCUCACCUACAUCGGUACACCUGCCGAAGAAAAGAUUCAGUCCAGUACAUGGGGUUCUCGAGGCUGGACAUAUCAGGAAGGACUUCUAUCACACAGGCGGAUCUUUUUCACCAAUGAGCAAGUCAUGUUUCAGUGCAAUAAUAUGACUUGUCUCGAAUCAUUUGCUAUUCCCAUGGAUGUCUUGCACAGACUUGAUAUCCCCAAUACGAAAAAACAGCCCGUCCUCAAGGAUACUGAACCUCUUUUCUUACCUCUCAAAGACAUUGGGAAGCAUUUAAUGGAGUUCAGUAAGAGAAACUUUAGUAAUGACAGAGAAACUCUAGAUGCCUUUUUAGGGGUACUGAACGCCUGUCACAGAGAAGAGGGAUAUUUCCACUUCCUAGGAAACCCGCUUAUUCGUAAAAAGAAGGGCUGGCGUUGGCUGAUUAAUGCUUGGUACCAUGUCAAGCCUGGAGCUAGAAAGGCUAAUUUCCCCAGCUGGUCUUGGACUGGUUGGAAAGGCGAAAUCACGAUGACCAGCUAUGAUACUCCGGACCAUGACCUUCGAUUGCUCAGAGAAGAUGGAUGUUCAAUCUCGCUCGAUGAUUACAGGACGGCGUACAACACAAACCCGUCACAAGCCAUGAAACCCGUCAUUCAACUGGAAGGGAUGAUGACAAUGAUGUCGUUCGAAUUCAUUAAAUGGGGUUCUGAGACAACUCUUCCAAACAUGAUGCUCAGUCAAACAGUGGUGCAGGAUGGCCCUUGGGCUAUACUUCCGUUAACAACCGAUAUUACGUGCUACUCGUUCCUAUACUUGGAUAACGAAGCAUGGACGGGCAUUUCCCAACUCAAGCUUCCAAUCAUGGUGCUGGAGCUUGGGGUCAGAUCGCAGAAACACAACCUUAUCAUACUGGUGUUGAGGGAAAAGGGUGAUCUGUACGAACGAGUUGGAAUGAUUAACAUACGGGGCGGGUUCGAGUCUAGUAAUAAAGCUAGAAAAGCACCAGCAAAGCUAACUAUGUAUAAAGACAAAAGCAGAAGAUGGAUGACCCGGGCACCAAUUUCUAAUCCCCACGAUUGUAUCUGGCAGAAGGAUCUCGAGAAGAAGACUAUCGUGUUGCAAUAG